CCAAAUUCUAAUAUUUGUUAAUAUAAAAUUUAAACAUGGAUUGGGCGCCAAGGCAGAUAAAGCCAUCAAUAGAGAUUGUUGAUUUAAGGAAGGAUCGCAUGGACUUCAUCCUCCUUAACUCCGAUGUCAGUACCGCCAAUGCAAUCAGAAGAGUUAUUCUCUCAGAAAUACCAUCAUUGGCAAUAGAAAUUGUUACAGUGCUGGAAAACACCAGUGUUUUACACGAUGAGUAUAUAUCGCAUAGAUUAGGGCUUCUACCAAUUGAUAGUACUCUAGCAAGUGAGUUUGAAUUCAGAGAUAGGUGUCAAUGUACAGAUAAAUGUGCAAAAUGUACAGUAGAUUACACUCUGGAUGUUUCCUGUAAAGAUUCUGACUCCAGAGUAGUUACGCAUUUUGAUAUUGUGCCUGAUGAUACCCACAGUAAAUCAAUUUACGGCAAAAAUUUGCCGAUGCCAAUCCCAAGGGCUGAUGUUACUAAUUUCAAUGGAGCAACAGAUGGAAUUCCCAUCGUAAAGUUAAAAAGAGGUCACUCAAUCAACAUGAAGUUAACUGCCUCCAAAGGGCUAGGAAAGUUUCACGCAAAAUGGAUAGUAGCUAACGUUAACUAUAAGAUGGAACCAAGAUUUUCAUUCAAUUCAUCUUUAAUGGAGCAACUUUCAUCUGAAGAGAAAGCUGGAAUUGCAGCAAGUUGUCCAAGGAAUGUUUUUAAAUACACGGGUGUAAGAUCUGAGGCCCCUUCCUUUCUAGGUCCCUCGGACAAAACCUUCAAGUUAGAUGCAGCAGGUCUUCACGUAGUUGACAAACUUGCCUGCAUAUACUGUGACGAGUGUAUCAAUUAUUGCAGGGAACUAGGACACAAGGAUCUCAUACGCAUUCAACCAGAUGAGUCAAAAUUCCAUUUCACCAUCGAAUCUACUGGAGCAAUUCCUCCUGAGAAGAUACUCGAAAUUGCCUUAGUCGUUCUAGAGAAGAAGUUACAAGAUCUUCAAUCUAACUUUACAGAAGCACAGUCCCGAACCUUGGGAACAACGGCAACUGCUCAGCAUCGGGAAGGGACCAGAGCUCCCCAACCUUCCACACCUUAUAUCGAUUUAGAUUAAUUUUUUAACUCUCUGA